GGUUAAACUUUGGGGCUGCUUUAGGAUAUAGCUUAAAGAUGCUUGCCCAUCUGGAAUUAAUGGAGAGAUGUGUAAAUGACUUAAAUUAAGGACAUUUUGCAGGUUAUCUUGGUCAACUGGAGUACUUCUGAUUAAUCAAGUGUGGAAGAAAUCUGUGAGCCAGUCCCUUCGGUUAACUCUAGCGGGCCAACAACCUGGAUAUUAUGAUGACUACAGUUUUUGAGAUCAACCUGUUUGUCUUGCAGCCGCUGGGAUGCCUGCUUCCUUUUAAAUUCUGACUGGCUUACACUGCUGGAAAAUAGCCAUGGUUUCAGAUGAUCUACCUAACUUAAAAAAUAUCCACACUUCCUGGUGCUCCUCAACUAUGGAAGACUCUGAGGUGGAUUUUGACUCUGGACUGGAGGAAGAUGACCUGAAACCGGACAGUACAGAAGAUUCCACAAUCUUUGUAGCUUUUAAAGGAAAUAUAGAUGACAAGGACUUUAAAAAGAAACUAGGUAUCAUAUUGGAGAAUGUGCCUGGCCUUUUACACAUGGAAUCCAGCAAGUUAAAAUUGCAGAAGGUAGAACCCUGGAACAGUGUACGUGUUACUUUUAACAUACCCCGAGAAGCUGCAGAGCGGCUGCGAAUUUUGGCUCAGAACAACAACCAGCAGCUUCGUGACUUGGGAAUUCUCUCAGUUCAAAUUGAAGGUGAAGGUGCUAUCAACUUGGCUUUAGCUCAAAGUAGAAGCCAAGAUGUCAGGAUUAAUGGGCCCAUGGGGGCAGGCAAUUCAGUGCGAAUAGAGACUGGAUUUCCCAUGCAAGGUGGCCAAGGAUUAAUAAGAAUGAACAAUCCUGCAGCUGUCAUGAUGUCCCCAAGCGGAAAUGUAUCCUCUUCUAUGAUGGCAAGUGGAACUAAUGCAGAGCUGCAACCCAGGACACCUCGACCUACAUCGCAGUCAGAUGGAAUGGAUCCACUGUUGUCUGGACUAACUAUCCAGCAGCAAAAUCAUCCCUCUGGAUCUUUAGCUCCUCAGCUCCAUUCAAUGCAGUCAGUUCCUGUGAACAGGCAAAUGAAUCCAGCCAACUUUCAACAACUACAGCAACAGUCACAGCUUCAGCCACGCCCCCCACAGCCACAUCAGCAGCCCCAGCAGGUUAUUCGACCUUCAUUUACUACAGCAGCUCAGGUUCCAGUUCCUCCUGGCUGGAACCAGCUGCCUUCUGGAGCACUUCAGCCUCCUCCAACCCAAGGAACAAUGGGUACAUUGACAGUAAACCAGGGGUGGAAAAAGGCUCCAUUGCCUGGACAAAUGCAGCAGCAACUCCAAGCAAGACCAUCUUUAGCAACAGUACAGACUCCCUCCCAUCCUCCUCCUCCAUAUCCUUUUGGAAGCCAGCAAGCUUCUCAGGCUCACACAAACUUUCCUCAAAUGAGCAAUCCUGGCCAAUUUACUGCUCCUCAAAUGAAAAAUCUUCAGGGAGGGCCCUCACGGGUUCCCACACCACUACAGCAACCCCACCUGACCAACAAGUCUCCUGCCUCUUCUCCCUCUUCCUUCCAGCAGGGAUCUCCUGCAUCAUCUCCAACAGUUAACCAAACACAGCAGCAGAUGGGACCAAGGCCUCCCCAGAGUAACACACUUCCCCAGGGGUUUCAGCAGUCUGUCAGUUCUCCUAGCCGUAAUCAAAUGGUGCAACAGGGCAGUGUACCCCCCAACUUCAUGGUGAUGCAGCAGCAAAACCAGGGUCCACAAGGUUUACAUCCUGGCUUAGGAGGAAUCCCCAAGCGCCUUCCACCUGGAUUCCCUGCAGGACAGGCUAAUCAGAACUUUAUGCAAAAUCAGGUGCCUUCUACAGCACCAGGAACACCUGUGAACAGUGGAGCCCCUCAGCUACAAACAAGUCAAAAUUUGCAGCAUACAGGUGGUCAAGGUUCUGGCCCUCAUCAAAAUCAGAUGCAAGCAUCACAUGGCCCACCAAACAUGAUGCAGACCAAUCUAAUGGGACUUCAUGGAAAUAUAAAUAACCAGCAGGCUGGUGCCAAUGGAGUUCCACAAGUUAAUAUGGGCAACAUGCAGGGGCAACCUCAACAAGGACCACAGUCCCAGCUUAUGGGAAUGCAUCAGCAAAUUGUUUCCUCCCAAGGACAGAUGGUGAAUAUUCAGGCUCAAGGGUCUCUGAACCCUCAAAACCAGAUGAUUCUUUCCCGAACCCAGCUCAUGCCACAAGGCCAAAUGAUGGUAGCACCCCAAAACCAAAACCUUGGUCCUUCACCACAAAGGAUGACCCCACCCAAGCAAAUGAUUCCCCAGCAGGGCCAACAGAUGAUGGCUACACAUAAUCAAAUGAUGGGACCUCAAGGCCAGGUCUUGCUACAGCAGAACUCAAUGAUGGAACAGAUGAUGACCAAUCAGAUGCAAGGAAAUAAACAGCCAUUUAAUACUCAAAACCAGUCAAAUGUUAUGACGGGGCCAGCUCAAAUGAUGAGAGGACCAACCCCAAAUAUGCAAGGAAACAUAGUGCAGUUCAGUGGGCAAAUGAUGACUCAACAAGGCCCUGUGAAUGGCAAUCCUUCUCAGACUAUGGGAAUUCAAGGACAGGUUUUAAGAGCAGCAGGACCUGGCCCCCAUAUGUCUCAGCAGCACGGGGACUCCAAUACCACAACAAACAAUGAUGUGAACAUGACGCAGAUGCUACCUGAUGUUCCUGUACAGCAGCCAAAUAUGGUGCCUUCCCAUAUGCAGGCAAUGCAAGGAAAUAAUAAUACUUCAGGGAAUCAUUUUGCUGGACAUGGGAUGCCUUUCAAUAGCCCUUUUACUGGAACACCAAAUGGGAAUCAGAUUUCUUGUGGACAAAAUCCUGGUUUUCCUGUCAAUAAAGAUGUCACUCUAACAAGUCCACUGUUGGUAAACUUGCUACAAAGUGAUAUAUCUGCAGGACAUUUUGGUGUAAACAACAAACAGAACAAUCAGAAUGCAAACAAACCCAAAAAGAAAAAGCCACCAAGAAAGAAGAAAAAUAAUCAGCAGCUAGAGCAAGCUAAUUCUUCAGAGACCCGUCCAGCUGGCUUGGAGGAGACUGAUCAGUCAUCGUUGUCUGGAGAUCAAGGAAUAAACUUAGAUAACACUGGCCCUAAACUUUCAGAUUUCACAAACAGACCAGCAGGUUAUCCAUCUCAGCCAGUUGAACAAAGACCUCUUCAGCAGAUACCGUCUCAAAUUAUGCAACAUGCACAACAACAGCAGCAACAGCAGCAGCAACCACCACCACCACAGGCACAGGCUCAGACCCAGCAGCAACAAAUGAUGAUGAUGCUUAUGAUGCAGCAGGAUCCCAAGUCAGUCAGGCUUCCUGUGCCACAAGGUGUUCAUCCACCUAGAGGCCCUCUAAAUCCAGAGACCCAAAGAAUGCCAAUGCAGCAAAGUGGCAACAUGCCAGUAAUGGUUAGCUUACAGGGUCCUGGAUCAGUGCCUCCAUCCCCUGAUAAGCAAAGAAUGCCUUUGGCAGGCAAUCCUUCUCUAGGAAAUAAUGCAAGAAAGGUGGUUUAUCAAGAUAAUAUACAGAAUCCUUCCACUUCACCUCUGGGAGAGGUUUCAUCUGUACCCUCACUUCCAGAAGGAAAUGGUGUUGAAGUCUCUCCAGUAUCAGGAACUCAAAAUAAUAUGACAUCUCAUUUAGUAGUUUCACAAAAUCAGCUCAUGAUGACAGGUCCAAAACCUGGACCCUCUCCACUUUCAAAUCCACAAGGUGCAAGUCCUCAGCAGCAGUCUAAUUCUCUACCUGGCUCUCUUACACACCAUUUCCCAAAUGUUGCUGCCCCAUCUCAAACUUCAAGGCCCAAAACCCCAAACAGAGCAAGCCCAAGACCAUACUAUCCUCAGACUCCUAAUAACCGUCCACCUAGCACAGAACCUUCAGAAAUAAGCUUAUCUCCAGAGAGACUUAAUGCUUCUAUUGCUGGUCUCUUCCCUCCCCAGAUUAAUAUUCCUUUACCUCCUAGACCUAACCUUAAUAGAGGAUUCGAUCAGCAGGGUCUUAAUCCAACUACUCUGAAGGCCAUCGGGCAAGCCCCAUCAAAUCUUUCAAUUAACAAUCAGUCUAGUUUUUCUGCUCCACAGUCGCAUAAGUUGGAUAGUGUGGCUGUCAAUUCAGGAAAGCAAGCCAACACUGCAGGGACAAAGCGAGCAAGUCCAAGCAAUAGCAGAAGGUCUAGUCCUGGAUCCAGUAGGAAAACCACACCGAGUCCUGGCAGACAAAAUUCAAAAGCAGCUAAACUAGCCCUUGUAACUCAGCAGAACCCAGCGCUCUUACAGAACCUGGAAUUGCAAAGAAAUAUGAUGGUUGGUCCAACUUCUUUGCCAGCACCUAUAACUACAACUUUUCCAAAUAAUAAUAUGCUGAACAACCAGAAUCCUGCAGUUUCUGUACCUUUGGUGACUGGCAUUCCUGAGGACAGCAAAGAGAGCCUUAAUGUUUCUCAAGACAAUGAAUGUCAGAAUACACAGGUUGUCCAAGGUAGUAAAGACCAGCCUAAUGUUGAACUGAAAGGCAUUCCUAGCCAAGAAAUCAAAAUGAUGGUUCCUGAAGAACCAAAAAAAGAUGGACAAUCUUUAGAUACCAGCAAGCUUCCCAGCUUGGAGGAAAGCAAGACAAUGGUAUCUUCAGCUAUGAGAGAGGCACCAACUUCAUUAAGCCAACUUCUUGAUAAUUCUGGUGCUCCUAAUGUAACUAUAAAGCCUCCUGGGCUCACCAGUCUUGAAAUGCCACCAAUGGUGACCUCUGGGGAAGAACUAAAGAAGAUAGCUGUCAUUCCUCCACUACAGGAUUCCUCUUCAAGCAAAGAACCUGCUAAUUCCGUAAGCUUGUCUCAGAAUAAUGAAGGCUGUUCAAACCAAGUGCACCAAGAACUCGGAGAGAUUAAUUCAAAUGUUACUCAGACUGUUCCUCCAGUAUUACAACGGCCUGUUAGCUCCUCUUCUAUAUCCACUCCUUUACCACCCAACCAGAUAACAGUUUUUGUAACUUCAAACCCCAUUACAUCUUCUGCUAACACAUCAACACCAUUACCAUCUCAUUUACAACCUACAUUAGUGUCUACCGUUGUCACAAUGCCUAAUGUAGGUAACAAAGUUAUGGUUUCUGAGGGACAGUCAGCAGUUCAGUCUAAUACCCGACCACAGUUCAUUACACCAGUUUUUAUAAACUCAUCCUCAAUAAUUCAGGUUAUGAAAGGAUCUCAACCAAGUACAAUACCAGCAGCCUCCAUGAGCACUAACUCUAGCUUAAUGCCUCAGUCAGUUGCAGUUGUUGGUCCCUUGCAUAUACCACAGAACAUAAAGUUUUCCUCUGGGCCUGCUCCUCCUAGUACGUCAUCUAAUAGUUCUGUCCCAAAUAUUCCAACAAGUAGGUCACUGGUUCUUAAUCCACUGGCAACUCCUAUUCAGCUUCCUUCUCCCCCAUCUACAGCAUCUUUGAAUGUUCCUUCACAUCCCCCUAUUCAACAAGUCAAAGACUUUAGCUUAGAGGAGGCUACCUCUCAAGCUAAUAUAUCAACUGACCAGUGCUCUGUAACAACAACGCAGUGUGGACCUGUGGUUUCACCUCUUCUCACAAGUAGUCCAGGAUCUUCUGGAAACAGGCGAAGUCCAGUUUCGUCUAGUAAGGGAAAGGGAAAGGUGGACAAGAUUGGUCAAUUUUUGCUGACCAAAGCAUGUAAAAAAGUUAUAGGCUCUCUUGAAAAAGGGGAGGAACAGUAUGUUUUGGAUGGAGAAGCCGAUGGCCAGGGGCUAGAAAUGUCGGUCCCUAACAGUCUGGGGACAGAGCAAUUGCCUGUAGAGGUAGACAAUAAAACAGUGACACCUCCAGUACCCAGUCUUAUAAAACAGAGCACUUCUGGGCCUGGCAGUCUGAGUGUAAGCACUGCUGCUACUGUUUCUGCUUCUGUAUCUUCAAGUUUAUCAAGCAACACUCCUCCCACAAAUGUACUGUCGGUUGUAACCACUCCAGCAAUCCAAGAGCUUCCACCCACAGCCCCAAGCACUAAUAAUAACCACAGUGGUUUACCAGCUGAGCAAAUUGGGAUUGGCUUAGUGGAGGAAAAAGCAGGAGUACAUCAGGAGCUACUACAAAAUAUAGCAUCAUCUCAACAUUUAACCCAGAAGGAAACUCCAGUUACAACAUCAGAAAGUGCUGUUCAAAGAACAGAACUUGAAGCAAGUGCUGCAGUAGUUGCUGGUCAAAGUAAUGAGACAAAAGAGAGUUGUGAAAAGUCUAAAACUCCAAGUAGAAGAAAUUCAAGAACAGAGGAUUCUGCUGCUUCACAGGAAAAUGUAGAGAAUGGACAGCGUAAGAGGUCAUCCAGACCAGCAUCUGCAUCAAGCACCGCAAAAGAAACGAGUGCCAGUGCAAUGCAGUCAAAAAGAAGAAAAUCCAAGUAAAUUACUGCAUGGAAACAUGAGACUUGUAAAUGAGUGUGAAUUUUACCAAUAGCAAUUUUGAGCUGUGAUUUUAUUUUAUUUUUUAAUCUGUACAGUAAGUAAUUUUAAUAUUAUACUGUUCCCAGUAAAUGCAAGGUGUUUGUCUAAAAACAAACAUCUGGUUAUAAAAAAUGGGGUCAUUGUAAAAUCCUUUGGUUCUGCAAAUUAAGUCCAGGAUUAGCACACUAGAUUGAUAUGUUGUAAGGAAUGGUGGGGGGUGGGGGGUGGAAAUCAAUUGUAAAUUUAUUUCUAAGUUUCCAGUUUUCAUAAAUGACUUAGAUUACAGGGUUGUCAUUUUUAGGUAUUAAAACGAUGUAUUGUGCUGUUGUUUUAAGUACUGUAUGUGAAUAGCAGUGAGAGGGUUAUAAAUAAACCCAAUCUUGUUUGGAAAUGUAAAUAAUUUUAUUAUAUAGUAGAUCUGAUGUAUUUGUUGUAGAAAUGGACCAGUGAAACAAAAGUAAAUUUAAGGGUUUGUAUAAUGUGGAAUCCCUAAUGCUCUAAAUAAAUGUUAUUGUCCUAC